AUGACCAGAAUGGAUGAUUCCGUUAUACCACUCUGGAAAGAGUUAGAAUACUAUAAAGAAUUCCAAAAAAAGCUAAAAAGUUACCUUGGAGAAGCUGAAGCAGAAAGCGUGUUGAAGGAAGCAUUGUACAUGAUAAGCUUGGGAACAAAUGACUUCUUAGAGAACUAUUACAUGCUCCCCGUGAGAUCAGCAGAAUAUAACAUCGAAGAUUACCAGAAUUUCUUGGUAGAAAUUGCUGGAAAUUUCAUAACAGAACUCCACCAGCUAGGCGGCCGAAAGAUUUCCUUAGCCGGACUUGCACCAAUUGGUUGCUUGCCAAUGGAGAGAAGCCGGAAUGUAAUGCGAGGAGGAAGCUGCAUAGAGCGUUACAAUGAUUUGGCGAAAGAGUUUAAUCAGAAGUUACAAACAUUAGUUGACAAGUUAAAGAAGGAACUUGCCAGCAUUCAACUUGUCUUCUCAGACCCAUAUGAUAUCUUUUCAGAAAUCAUCCAGAACCCUAGCUCUUAUGGAUAUGAAGACGCAGGGAAGUCAUGUUGUGGGACAGGAACUCUUGAGAUGGGAUAUUGGUGUGACAGAUACAAUCCUUUCACUUGUAGAGACGCAAACAAGUUUGUGUUCUGGGAUUCAUUCCAUGCCACAGAGAAGACAAAUGGCAUAAUAGCAGAUUAUGCAGCAAACCAUUCACUUUCCGUGUUCUUUAAUUGA